GGCGCUGAGGAGGGAGCGCGGCGAUGGAGGCGGUGCGGGCGCAGCGGCUGCAGCCCGGGGUGGGCGCCGGGCCCCGCGGGGCUCGGCCCGGCCUCACCGGGGCCCCCGCGGGGCUGGGGCCGACACCGGCAGCGGGCUCGGGGUUGGGGCCGGGGCUGGGGCUGCCGCCGCCGCCGCCCCCGCUGGGUCUGCAGGGCCCCCCCGCGCCCCCCGGGGCCGGGGCCGGGGCCGGGGCCGUGCCCGGGCCGCCCGCGGUGCUGCGGGAGGCGGUGGAGGCCGUGGUGCGGAGCUUCGCCAAACACACGCAGGGCUACGGCCGCGUGAACGUGGUGGAGGCGCUGCAGGAAUUCUGGCAGAUGAAGCAAUCCCGCGGGGCCGAGCUGCGCAACGGAGCCCUGGUGCUCUACGAGAUGGUCCCGGCCGCCAGUCCCCCCUACGUCUGCUAUGUCACCCUGCCCGGGGGCAGCUGCUUCGGCAGCUUCCAGUUCUGUCCCACCAAGGCCGAGGCGCGCCGGAGCGCGGCCAAGAUCGCGCUGAUGAACUCGGUGUUCAACGAGCACCCCUCGCGCCGCAUCACCGACGACUUCAUCGAGAAGAGCGUCUCCGAGGCCCUGGCGUCCUUCAACGGCGACCGAGAAGAGGCAGAUAAUCCCAACACUGGCAUCGGCGCCUUCCGCUUCAUGCUGGAGUCCAACAAGGGAAAAUCCAUGCUGGAAUUCCAGGAGCUGAUGACAGUUUUCCAGCUGCUGCACUGGAAUGGGAGCCUGAAGGCCAUGAGGGAACGUCAGUGCUCGCGCCAGGAGGUCCUGGCUCACUACUCCCACCGUGCUCUGGACGAUGACAUCCGAAACCAGAUGGCCCUGGACUGGGUGAACCGGGAGCAGAACAUUCCAGGAGCCCUUUCCCGGGAGCUGGCGGCCACCGAGCGCGAGCUGGACGAGGCCCGGCUGGCUGGGAAGGAGCUGAGGUUCCACAAGGAGAAGAAGGACAUCCUGCUGCUGGCAGCUGGCCAGCUGGGCUCAGCACACUCCUCUGGCUGCUGAACCCCAAAAUCCCACCCCAGCUGAUCCCAAAACCCUUCCCCAAUCCCGGCCCGUUUGCACGUUUGAAAGAAAUUUAGGGAAAAAGAGCUGCUCUUCAUUCUUUCAUUUCUCCUUUGAGAGCUUCUUAUUCCCUAGGGAAUUUUUUGCAUUCCUCUGGUUGCUGAACCCCGAAAUCCCCACCCUGAGAUCCUCCCUGGUGGAUCCCAAAAUCUUACCCUGAAUCCCGGCCCAUUUGCACAUUGGAAAGAAAUUUAGGGAAAAAGUUCUUUGAAUGCAUUGUAGGAAGUUUAGAGCUGCUCCUCAUUCCUUCAUUACUCCUUUAUUCCCUAGGGAAUUUUUACACUCCUCUGGUUGCUGAACCCCAAAAUCCCACCCCAGCUGAUCCCAAAACCUUUCCCCAAUCCCAGCCCGUUUGCACAUUUGAAAGAAACGUAGGGAAAAAAUCUCCUGAUUAGAUUUUAUCAAGUUUUAUCCUGAUUUUUAGAGCUGCUCCUCAUUCCUCCCUUCAGAACUCCUUAUUCCCUAGGAAACUUUUUAUUCCCUCAUUCCCUACAGAUUUUUUUUUUGGGGUUCAAAACAAAACCCAUUGGAUCCCCUCCCUCCUGCAGCAGAAAGGGACCAGUUAAAGCUCCUUGAUGAGCUCCUUAAUUAAAUGAGCAGAUGCCAACGCCUGCAAUAUCCAGAUUUAAUUUUGGAAUUGCCCUUUCUGUGCCCAAAAAUCGGCAUUGGAAGUUUUUUUCCAAGAAAAGUCUUGGAAAAUUUGUGGAUGAGGGAGGGAUUUGCACUAAUCAUUCCUUAUCCCUUGUAUCCAUAUGGAAUUUAGAUUAUAUUUACCUUUAAAUCCCCUUUUUUGGGCAUGGAAUUCUUCAAACAGCUCCCCAGAAAAUGUCAGUUUAUCCAUGGAAAUUCCCAUUUUGCUCCCCUUCUCCCCCAGCAAUACAAACUGAAUUCCAAGCCAGAAUUCCAUUUUUUCACCCCAGAUUUUUAGAGCUUUUUCCACUUCUUAUCCCCUGCAGAUUCCACUGUUCCCACCCUCCUCCUUCCCUCUGCCUGACCACAGCAUAUUCCAGCAAUAAUCAUUAUUUUAGGCUAAAAUUGGAAUAAUUCCAUUAUCUGUAGGUACCCCAUUUUUUAUAUCCACAUCCUAACGAACCUAUUUUGGGGGGUUUAUAUAUUUUUUUAUACUUUCUACAAACACUAUUAACGUUUGAUGCCGCUAGAAAUUGGGUUUUAAAAGGGAUUUUUUGGGGGGUGGGGGGGUUGUGGGGUGUCAUUUUCUUGAAAUGGGGGAAAAUUUGAUUUAGGAUUUGUUUAAAUAAAGGAUUUAAAUAAGGGAGGACUUUGGGAGUUCCCAUCGCUGUGGAAGGAAAAAAAAAAAAAUAAAAGGGAAGAAAAAAAAUAAAAAUAAAAUAUUCCAUUGCUUGCGGGAUCAGGGCACCGGUUUGGAGGUUCCAGAUCUCCGUGGAAGGUGUAAAAUGAACAAAAUUCAAAUUUUCUCAGUUGUUCUUCUUGUUGAGGCGAUGGAAUUAUGGGAUAAAUGCUGCUGUGGAUUUUAUACAAUAAACCCAGCGAUUUUGGUUAA